AUGGCUCCGCCUAUCUCCAUGUGGGAUGGUGUGUUGAUGCUGGGAAGCUUCUGUUUGAUAGCGACAUACCAGCUCUAUGAGUCCGUAAUGGUCAUCUUUCGCGACACUACAUCUACAAGGUCUUACUCGCACGAACUACGAAAUAGAGUGUCACAUGCAGUGUGUGCUUGGCUAUCUAGCAAACAAUUACGCGCUCUCUUCAAACCUACACAAGAUGCUUUGGCAGAAGCAUGCAAGAAAGACGGGGUACUUUGGCAUGCAGAAGACAUUCCGGAUGGCAUGGGAAGCAAACUGCACUGGUUCGGGAAUCUUGAAGCGAACAAACUGAUUCUCUACUUUCACGGUGGGGGAUACAGCCUACCUGCGGAUCACGGACAUAUAAGAUUUGUGGUCGAGUGCCAAAGGAGACUGGAAGUUGAAGGCCAUAAUGUCAGCGUGGUGAUGCUCGAGUAUGGCUUGGCUCCUGAAAGCCGAUACCCUGUACAGCCAAGUCAGGCCCUCGCAGCUCUGCAGCACGUUCUGAACAAAGGAUUUCUACCGUCAGAUAUCAUUGUUGGGGGUGAUUCAGCUGGUGGUAACUUGGCACUGGCUCUUCUCUCUCUGGUUAACCACCCCGUUGAGUCACUUCCCACCGUAAAGCUUCACGAGCCAAUCCGAGGAGUGUUCUUGAUAUCUCCUUGGGUGAGCUUCUCAACUCAAUCGCUUUCAUUUCAAGAGAAUGCAGACAGAGACCUGAUCAACGCCAGACUCAUUCUCGAUUGGGGUGAAGCUUAUGCGCCCUCGCCAUUAAGAGAUGAGUAUUCGGAGCCACUAAGGGCUGGUAUAAGUUGGUGGGAACAGCUCCCCACGCAAGAUCUUUUGAUACUUGCUGGCGAGGUCGAGGUCUUUCGCGAUGAUAUUGUGGAACUGGGAAACAGGAUGUCUCACGCCAACGUACAAACAAAGCUGAUAGUGUGCCCUAAACACUCUCACGAGGAAUGCAUUCAGGAUGCAAAAAGCAAACUGCAACAUGGCAUGAUGGCAGAAUCAGUCUGGAACUGGCUUGUGGCUCGAUAUAGUAACUGA